CGCGCGGGUCAGCCCAUCCCUCCAACCCCUCCGGUGUCCCGGGAGCCGGCUCGGUGCGGAAGCCGCGCGCCGUCCAUUCGGGCAUGCCCCGCUACGAGCUGGCUUUGAUCCUGAAAGCCAUGCAGCGGCCUGAGACUGCUGCGGCCUUGAAGCGGACGCUGGAAGCCCUGAUGGACAGAGGGGCGGUGGUGAGGAGCCUGGAGAACCUGGGCGAACGCACGCUUCCUUAUAAGAUGUCAGCCCACAGUCAGCGGCACACCAGGGGAGGGUACUUCUUGGUGGACUUUUAUGCACCAACAACAACUGUUGCAAGCAUAAUGGAGCACUUGUCUAGAGACAUUGACGUGAUUAGACCAAAUGUUGUAAAACACCCUCUGACCCAGGAAGUGAAAGAAUGUGAAGGGAUCGUCCCGGUGCCACUUGAAGAAAAGCUGUAUUCCACCAAGAAGAGGAAGUGAGAAGGCACUACACUUUAGCCUCCUGUUUAAUUCUCUCACUUUUGAGCACCAAGGAUAGAUAAUGUACAGGCUUGAUCUUUAUAUCUGAGGGUGCUGUUGGCACGGUUGGAUUUUCCCGAGGUACUUUUAGCUCUUGGUCCUCUUUGCUAUGAGAACUGGGGGCUGACUUCCUUAGGGCCGCUUGGUAAUCUUUGGCACCAGCACGUCCUCCUUGCUUUCACUUCAUGAGUAUAAUUUGUCAGUGAGAACUUCCUGCCCAACAGCAACACUAACCCCAGUUUGAAGAGCAAAGCUCAUAAAAACUACUUUGGAUUGCAUGGUCAUUAUUCACACUGUAUACACCCAUGCAAAAUAAAAUUUUAAGACCACUGUA